AUGACUUCUCUUCUAGCCACAGCAGUUCGCUUUUUGAUCCUAACUCAAUGGCUAACACAACAGGUGACCGGCCGGGUACAACGAGCUGAUUCAUGUUGGCUAGACAUGGCUGAAAAUGCAUUUGAUGAUCAGUAUGUGGGCUGCACUAAAGAAAUGGAGGCAAAAGCACCCCAGCUGUUAAGAGAAGAACUUAAAGUGAAUAGAAACUUAAGAGCAGAAUGGGAAAAGGCAACGAAAGAAUGGGAGAAAAGGAAGAACAAAAUAGACUCUUCAAAACGACUCAGUGAUUCCCAUGGAAUAGCUCUAGUGGCCUAUACUGGAGAUAUUGCAAUAGAAUUUAACAAGGCUGUAAGAAACUUCCGUCAAAAUACAAAUAAGUUUCAGUUCAAAGCCUUCCAUUAUUAUUUGACAAGAGCUCUUCAGCUUCUCACGACACCACAGGAGUGUUAUACAGUUUAUAGAGGCUAUAAGACAAAGUGUAAUUACAUUGGAAAAGGAAAUGUACGUUUUGGCCAAUUUGCCUCAUCAUCUCUCUCUAAAGCAGAAGCUAUAAAAUUUACUAACAAUGGUAAGGGAACACUGCUUACCAUCAGAACCUGCUUGGGUGUUAAAAUUGAAAUGUUCUCUUACUAUCCAUCACAAAAGGAAGUGCUAAUUCCAGGCUAUGAAGAGUAUCAACAAGUCAACCAAACUAAAAAUGGCGUUUCACUUAUGAAUCCCAAAAGACCUAAGAGUAACUACAAUUGCUUCUAUAUCAACAGCUCAGGAAUGAAAGAAAGUUCUGCAUUCAUACUGCUGCUGCCUGGCCUCUUGGUUCUGAGGCUCCUCCCUGCUGAGCUGUAA